AUGUCGCAGCUGUACUACAGAAAGACAGACACUUCCUCGUACCGGGACCGCAUCCCUCUGCGCAUCGUGCGGGCCGAGUCCGAGCUGUCUGCGCUGGAGAGGGCCUACCUGGGCGCGGUGGAGAAGGGGGACUACUCCAGUGUCAAGCGGUCUCUGGAGGAGGCCGAGAUCUACUUCCGAAUCAACAUCAACUGCAUUGACCCUCUGGGCCGCACAGCCCUGCUCAUCGCCAUUGAGAGCGAGAACCUGGAGAUCAUCGAGCUUCUGCUCAGCUAUAACGUGUACGUGGGCGACGCACUGCUGCACGCCAUUCGCAAGGAAGUGGUCGGAGCCGUUGAGCUGCUGCUGAACCACAAGAAGCCCAGUGGGGAAAAACAGGUGCCACCAAUUCUGCUGGACAAACAGUUCUCAGACUUCACUCCAGACAUCACCCCAAUCAUACUUGCAGCCCACACCAACAAUUAUGAGAUAAUCAAGUUGCUGGUGCAGAGAGGUGUCUCGAUACCUCAGCCACACACAGUGCGCUGCAACUGCAUAGAGUGUGUGUCCUGUUCAGAUGUGGACAGCCUGCGCCACUCACGCUCUCGUCUCAACAUCUACAAAGCCCUCGCCAGCCCGUCUCUUAUCGCCCUCUCCAGCGAGGAUCCGUUCCUUACUGCCUUUCAGCUCAGCUGGGAGCUGCAUGAACUCAGCACAGUGGAGAAUGAGUUCAAGUCUGAGUAUGAGGAGCUGUCCUGUGUCUGUAAGCAAUUCGCCAAGGACCUCUUGGACCAGACCCGCAGCUCUCGAGAGCUGGAGAUAAUCCUCAACUACCGUGAUGACAUCAACCCUCUGCUGGAUCAGAACACCAAUGAGCUGGCGCGACUGAAGCUGGCUAUCAAAUACCACCAAAAAGAGUUUGUUGCUCAGCCCAAUUGUCAGCAGCUCCUGGCGUCUCGAUGGUAUGAUGAAUUCCCGGGCUGGAGGAGGCGCCACUGGGCAGGGAAGUUCAUCACUUGUGUCUUCAUAGGCCUACUCUUUCCACUCCUCUCCAUAUUUUACCUGAUCACCCCAAAGAGCCGCUACGGCAUGUUCAUCCGGAAGCCCUUCAUCAAGUUCAUCUGUCACACAGCAUCCUACCUGACCUUCCUCUUCCUGCUCCUCCUUGCUUCACAGCAUGUGGUCUCUACGGACCCCAAAUUGCAGGGGCCACCACCCACCACUGUGGAGUGGAUGAUCCUGCCCUGGAUCCUUGGUUUCAUAUGGACAGAGAUCAAACAGAUGUGGGAUGCCGGGUUCCAGGACUACAUACAUGACUGGUGGAACUUAAUGGAUUUUAUUAUGAACUCCCUCUACCUUGCUACCAUAUCGCUUAAGGUUGUUGCCUAUAUGAAGUACAAUGCUCUCAAACCCAGAGAGAGUUGGGAAAUGUGGCACCCGACUUUGGUGGCAGAGUCUUUAUUUGCCAUAGCCAAUAUCUUCAGCUCAUUGCGCCUCAUUUGGCUUUUCACGGCCAACUCCCAUCUUGGACCCUUACAGAUCUCACUGGGGCGCAUGCUCCUAGACAUCCUCAAGUUCCUUUUCAUUUAUUGCCUGGUGUUAUUAGCCUUUGCCAAUGGACUCAACCAGCUCUACUUUUACUAUGAGACAGACGAGGGCAAAGAAUGUAAGGGGAUCCGCUGUGAACGGCAAAACAAUGCUUUCUCAACGCUGUUUGAGACGCUGCAGUCUUUAUUCUGGUCCAUAUUUGGCCUGAUCAGCCUCUAUGUGACCAACGUGAAAGCAGACCACGAGUUUACAGAGUUUGUGGGCGCUACCAUGUUUGGCACUUACAAUAUAAUCUCCCUGGUUGUUCUGCUAAACAUGUUAAUUGCAAUGAUGAAUAAUUCCUACCAGCACAUUGCUGAUCAUGCAGAUAUCGAGUGGAAAUUUGCAAGAACAAAGCUGUGGAUGAGCUAUUUUGAAGAGGGUGGGACUCUGCCAGCUCCAUUUAAUAUCAUCCCCAGUCCAAAGUCCAUUUUCUAUCUAACUGGAUGGAUAAAGACCUAUGUGUGGAAGAAACCCAGCACAAAAAAGCGGGAAACAUUUGGAACCUUAGGGAGACGUGCUGCUGAAAAUGUAAGAUUAAACCAUCAAUAUCAGGAAGUGUUGAGGAACAUGGUGAAGAGGUAUGUGGCUGCCAGGAUCAGAGAUGCUAAAACAGAGGAAGGGCUAACGGAGGAGAAUUUCAAGGAGCUGAAGCAAAAUAUAUCUAGCUUCCGCUAUGAAGUCCUGGGAAUGAUGAGGAGUAAAGGUCACGGUGUGCUAACUGAAAAAGUGGCGAACUCCAGCCUCGUCUAUCCUGACAACUCAUUUAAAUACUCCCCAAAUUUCCCCUCCGAUCACCCACAAAGAAAGCUUCACCUAUACAAUAUGACCACCACCAUCUUGCAACAGAGUGGCGCCGCUAACAACCCCAGCCGUGAGGCCUCCAUGAAGCAAGUCAACGGAUUGGUGGCGCCAUACCAUAUAGAGAAGCAGACACACAAGGGGCAUGUCCCCAAGGAUGUCCAAGAUGAUGACCACCUCCACAGACAUGGCAAAUGUCCCUCUCAGAAAUCUGAGAAUCUUUAUUCUGUGUCCCAGGAGUCGGGUAAGUCUGAAGAGGACAAGUUAGGUUGUAACACACAAAACCAGGAUCAACAACCAAUUGAGGAGGUAAUAGUGGAGGUUGCAAGGGAACGGGAGGAGGACAUUCGGGAGAAUGAAGGAUCUACACCAACAGAUUUUGCUGUGGAAGAAAGCAGCAGGUCAAUGAAAGACCUAUAG